CCAUACAUCAUCAUACACUAACUAUAUAUCUUCAAUGGCCCUUAGUUUUGAUUUCAAAUUGGCUGUUCUUUUUGCAGCCCUUUUCCUAUUAGGGGCAUGGGCAUCUCAAGCCGCUGCCCAAGAAACAUCCAUGUUUGAGCGCCAUGCCAGGCGGACCGCUCGCCAUGGGCGUUCAUACAAAGGUCACGUCAAUAAGGCAAAGCCAUUCAAGAUUAUUCAAGAAAAUGUGAAGUUUUCAUCAGAUGUUAGGCCAGAGAAGCCAAUUAAAACUACGCGUUACAGAACCGGCAUGGAUUCCGAGGAUGAAACUAAGACGGAGACCCCCGUGGUUAGUUCAUCACCGGCGGCGCCCACUACGACUACUACGCCACCGGUUCAGAGUUCAAAUUCAAUUCCUGAAUCUGUGGACCGGAUACACAAUCGUGCUGAGAUUACUGAUUCCAUAGUCCAACCCCACUCUCAAAACUGCGAUGAAAACAAAAGAUUCAUGGAUGGGUGGUCACCGUUGGUAAUCGGAGCGGUGCUCUUUUAUCUGUUGCAACCCGGUCUGAUUCUCCAGUGUCCGGGAAACGAUAAAAGGUUUGAGUUCAAAACCAUGAAGACCAAUGGCAAGGCUAUGUUCAAUCACACUAUGAUAUUUAUUGCUAUCUACGCUAUUAUCAUUGCGCUCUCUCAUGGUAAAAUCUGAUCUGUAUGUACCCACUGAUACAUGGCGUCUGAAUUUAUUUUUAUUUUAUUUUAUUUAUUUUAUUUUUAUGUUUUUUGGAUUCUACAUUCUAAUCCAUCUAAUGUACUCAUAAGUUUAUGUUGCUCUGCAAUUCUAUCCUAGU